CAAAUCUAAAAAAAACGUGAAUAUAAUUUAACUCGUAAAUUGUUACUUUGAGCUAAACAAGUAACUGCUAGGUGCUAAAUAAAAAUCUAACUAGGUAACCAUAAGUCCAAAGGUGCAAUCCAAAGUUUGAUAAGAAAAACAGGUAUCUACAUUGCUCACGUGGUAUGAUUUUAUUGGUGUUGACAACUUGCUCCAGAAUUUUUAAUAUGAAAAAUUAACCUCUUGCAUAUCCUCACACUAUGGAUCAAUCUCUCCCUUAUGGGCUCAAUGUCACAUAUAAUCAAUAUAGUCAAAUAAAAUAAGUGUUUGACGUCCAACCACCAUCUGUGUCAUUUAAUUAAUCAAUGUGAUAUUAGAAUUUGAGGAUAAGUUGGUGUUCUGACUCGGUUCAACACCACUUUCAUGAACUCAGAUGAACUCAGUAAUUUAUUUGAAACGUUGAUGUGAUCACAUUAAAGUCAUCUGAAAAGGCAUUUAGUAUCUUUUAAUAACACAAUUAAAACACCUUUUACUAAGCUAUCUGGAUGUGAUCCAUUAGUAUAUGCUAAUAAAAAUUGGCCAUCAAGUGCAAGGAACCUAGCACUCUGUUGUGCAAGCUUGGAGGAUCAAUAUACAAGAACAUCUUUCUUUUAUUUAAGCAAAUAAUUUUUUAAUUAAAGAUCUUUGAAUGUUGUCAGAAAUUAUCACUACGAGUGUAAGUUUUUGGUACUUGUCAAUUCAUUAGUCUUCAAGUUAGAAAUUUAUUGAUUUCCACCCCUUGCAAACUUAGCAUUUGUUAUAAAAAGUUUAAAAUUCAGAGAAAGCAUUUGUUUUUAUUUAUUAUUAAAUUCGCUUCACAACCCUUUGCAAACUAAGCAGGUUGCAAACCAAAAUGUAGUGAUAUAGUGCCAUCCAACAACAACAACAUCCCCUAAAGUUCAAAAAGCUAGGCACAACCGUUCAACUUUCAAACUCAAAACCGCAACACAAACAGGAAAAUGUGAAACAUAACAAAAUGGUUUGCACUAAUAGCAGGAAGCAACUAAGAAAAUAGUAAACUAAAAAGUGUUUUAUUAUGCAAACCUGAAGUUGAGCACACUAAGAUGAGAAAGAAACUUGAGCCAGCACCCACUACAACCCCCACAGCGAGGAGCUCGAACUUGAAGUCCUCAGCACUGAGUUCCCAUUUACAAUGGUGAGCGUUCCCGUUCCUCGUAAGUUCGAUUGAAGCCAAUGGUGAGAAUUUACAAGGGUAAGGUGAGAAGUAGCGAGAGAGAGGGAUGGGUUGACAGCGGAGGCUUCUUAUUUGGGGGUUAGGUUCCCUUAUUAAAUCACAAAUGAGAGUGAGAGAGGGCUACGGUUGCAGGCUUUUUAUUUGGGGUAAUUUUUAAUUCCGACGGAUUUGAUUCCUUCGGUAAAAUCUGUCAAAAAUUUAUACUUUUCGAUAGAAUGCAAUCCUUCAAAAAUAUCCGUGGGAAAAUACAAUAUUUCCGACGGAAUAAAUUCUGUGGGAAAUAUUCUGUCGGAAAUAUCUAUUUUUUUUUGUAGUGUACAUGGGUGAUUCAAAAUACCAGUUUCUCAUCUGAUAUAAUGUUGUUGCCCCUAGGUUGUUGUGAUUUGGUGCUUGGGGUGGAGUGGUUGGUAACUUUGGGUGACAUUAGUUGGAACUUGGAUAAGCUGACUAUGGAGUUUGUUACGCAAGGAAGGAGACAUGUGCUGAGAGGGGCUUAGGCUUCUAAUGUAAGCUGAAAACAGUGAAGAAGCAGCAAUUGCACAAGGCACUUUCUUCUGGUGUGCACAUUUCUAUGCUGCAGUUGUGUGAGGGAGAAAAAGACUUAUUGUUGAAUUCACUUACUACUCAUGCACCUGCAUCUGCCAUGCCUACUAGUAUUGCAGAAUUGCUAUGCAGUUUUGAUGAUAUUUUCCAAGAACCUGCCAAUCUACCUCCUGUUAGGCCUGCCCAUGAUCACAAGAUUCCUCUAGUCUCAGGUGUUGUUCCUGUAAAUAAAAGGCCAUAUCGGUAUGCUAAACACCAAAAAGACAUCAUUGAUGGUCUGGUCAAGGAGUUUCUACACUUAGGCAUAAUACAAAAUAGCAGUAAUCCUUAUUCUAGCCCAGUUGUAUUGGUGGGGGAGUUGAAUAAGGCUACAAUGAAGAAUAGAUUCUCAAUCCCUCUUGUGGAUGAUCUUCUAGAUGAGUUGCAUGGUUCUAAGUGGUUCUCUAAUGUAGACCUAAGAUCUGGCUACAAUCAGGUGAGAAUGGAUGAAAAUGAUGUGCACAAAAUAGCAUUUAAGACUUAUGUAGGUCACUUUGAAUACCUGGUUAUGCCCUUUGGUUUAACAAAUGCACCAGCUACAUUUCAAGGUCUUAUGAAUGUUGUGUUUCAAGAAUAUUUAAGGAAGUUUCUGCUAGUAUUUUUUUAUGAUACUCUCAUCUAUAGUAAGUCAUUAGAAGACCAUGUGUCUCACUUACAUAUUGUCUUUUCUACAAUAAGGUCUAAUUCAUUGUUUGCAAAAAGGUCUUAAAUGCUACUUUGUUGUAGCUAGAGUGGAAUAUCUGGGUCAUUUCAUUUCAGGUGAGGGUGUUGCAAUUGAUCCAGCAAAAGUUGAAGCAGUUAAAUAGUGGCCACUGCCCCAAUCUUUGAAGCAACUGAGGGGAUUUCUUGGGCUUGCAGGGUACUAUAGAAGGUUUGUGUUUCAAUAUGGGAGUGUGGCAAAGCCCCUUAAUGACAUGCUUAAGAAGGAUAACUACUGCUGGACUCAAGAAGCUAAGUUAGCCUUCCAGAAAUUGAAGGAUCUAUUAGUCUCAACACCUGUCCUUACUCUACCUAAUUUUGAUAAGAAAUUUGUAGUAGAAGCAUAUGCCUCUGGUACGGGUAUUGGAGUUGUCUUGAUGCAGGACAAUCAUCCCAUAGCCUUCAUCAGUAGGAGCUUGAAUGUGCAACAACAGUCCUUAUCCACUUAUGAGAAGGAAUUGCUAGCUGUUGUCUCUGCAGUGCAGAAGUGGAGACAUUAUUUGUUACUUAAGAAGUUUGUAAUCAGAACCAAUCAUAGGAGCCUCAAGUAUAUUUUGGAUCAGAGAUUAGCUACAAUAUUCUAGCAGAAAUGGUUAGUAAAACUCAUGGAAUUUGAUUUUUGCAUAGAAUACAAGCAGGGUCAAGAAAAUUUGGUGGCUGAUGCAUUGUCUCGAGGAAGUUUAGUUAAGUGUAAUGUUGUUUCUAUGGUUCAACUUGAAUCAGAUAUGCUCACCAGAAUUAAAGCUUCUUGGCAGUCUGAUCUAGAUGUUCAAAAGCUAAUUUCUGAGUUGCAAAGUGAUUCAAAAUCCUAUAAACACUUUUCCUGGGUAAGGGGGAAUUAAGGAGGAAAGGAAGGUUAGUAAUUGGUGAAGAUUUGGAAUUAAGGAAAGAUAUUUUGAAGUGGUUACAUUCUUCAACUUGUGGAGGCCACUCUGGUAGAGAUGCAACCUUGCAAAGAGUCAAGGAAUUUGUCUUUUGGAAAGGAAUAUCCAAGGAUGUUAAGUUGUUCAUUCAUCAGUGCAGUACUUGUCAAAGAUGCAAAUAUGACUCUGCUGCAUAUCCUGGACUGCUACAACCUUUACCUAUACCUGAGCAUGUAUAGCAGCACAUUAUAAUGGAUUUCAUUGAGGGACUUCCUGACUCAGGGGGCAAACAAGUUAUUUUUGUGGUGGUGGACUCAGUAAGGCUGCACACUUCAUGGCUCUCCAUCAUCCUUAUUCUGUUGCUGAUGUAGUUCAAUGUUUCAUGGACAAGGUCUUUAAACUGCAUGGGUUUCCUGACUCUAUUACAAGUGACAUGGAUUCUAUCUUUGUUAGUCAGUUUUGGCAAGAGUUUAUGGCUUACCAAGGCGUGCAAGUCUAGUUGUCUACUGUCUAUCACCCACAAACAGAUGGGUAGUCUGAAGUGGUUAAUAGGUGCUUGGAAACUUACUUGAGAUGUAUAUGUUCUGACAAUCCUAAACAAUGGUCUAAGUGGCUUCCUUUAGCUGAGUGGUGGUACAACACAACCUACCACAGUUUAAUUAAAGCCAACCCCUAUGAAAUAGUGUAUGGACAAGCCCUACCUACCUACCUUCCCUAUUUGCCUAGUGAAUCUAAGGUUGAAUUGGUUGAUAGAAGUUUGGAAAAGAGGGAGGAAACACUACUAAAAAAAAGCCAUUUUACGACGCGCUAUCCACAUCGUUCCCGCCAUACCUGUCGUAGUAGGAGUAGCGGUGGCAAUUCCAUAAAUAUGUUACCAUUUUAUGUGCCAUGUGCAUGGCGCGUGACACAUUCAACAAGGUUGACCGGGGUGCCCGUCUUUGAAGGUUGCGCAACAGGUAAGUUAAGACGGUGCUUUUGAAAACACCAUCGUUGAAAUUUUGAAUGUCAAUGACGUUGUUCUUGAGCCACCGUCGUUAACAUUGAGGUUUAUAAGGUUUUGCGUGCUAAUUCAUGAACACUCGCGGUCGAGCUCCCGCUUCCCUGUUUCUUUGAAAUUUCGAUCUACCGUGACCUUUGCCGUUUGCCUGCAUCUCCGUCGCACCCUCGUGACCUCGGCCGAAGGGCGUAGUGCAUUGUCGCGUGUCCGACGUCUCAUUUGGUGGUGCCACCGUGCAAGCCAGUGAGUUUCCCUUUUCGGAGUUGUCGUGCCCUACAACUUGUCUUCAAGACCAACAGCAAAAUUCAUAUAUAUAUUUUUCAAGGGUCCUCAACCAACUUUGGAGAACAAUAUGCAACAGCCUCUGCAACAGUGAGGAAGAUCUUGUCCUCGCCAAUCGUGUUGGCAAAACUAGAUGCAUAAAGCUUGUCUGUCACUGCUGGCCCAGGAUUUGCCAAAAGAAGCUUGUACAAAAGGAACAACUUAUGCUACUGAUACAUUAUCCCAGACUUAGCAUUUAAGAUAUCCUCUCAAAGGCCAAGUUCGCGCAAAAAGUUACGAAGUUAAUUAUUGUUUCACAAGCAUCAGAGUUUUGGAGUUGAGUUUUGCUGUGAUCCCACCCGUACUUGUUCUUGUUGACCGAACUUGUGUGAAUCAUGGCAACACCACCAGCAUCCCUUCCGCAGUCCAAUCAGCAAUUAGAGGCGAUGUCUAGGAAUACUAGACGAUCCACAUGGCUCAGGAUGUUGACUAGAAGAACCUUGGAUCAGCCGUGACCUAUUGUCACUGUUGAUGCUGUAACUGGGCGAGGAUCGGGCCCCCAUAAAGAGAAAUUCCAUAGCUAUUUAGGUGUUGUAGCUAGAGAAAAAGUUCCAAUUGUACAUAACAAUUAGAAGGAUGUACCGGACACACUAAAGGAGCUAGUAUGGAAUGAGAUUUUGGCCAAGUUUGAUAUCCCAGAAGCCCUACAUGCAAAGAAAAAGGUGAUGUCAACUGUGGCCACUAGAUGGAGACAGUUUAAAUCAUCCCUCACAAGUAAAUUUGUGUUUAGUAUUUAUGAGGACCAACAUAAAGAAGAUCCUUCCGUCAAAUAUGGCUUUGAUGCACAGAUAUGGGAGGAAUUUGUGGCAACCCGCAAAACCCCUAAUUGGCAGGAAGAAGAUGCAGGAAAUCCAAAAGAAUAAUGACUGUCCCCAUUUGCUUUCCCGCGGGGGAUAUGAUUUGCUAGAAAAGAAGCUGUUAGACGAGAAAAUCAAGAAAAGGCAACAUGACGCAUUGAUGACUGAAAAUCCAGCACUCAUUGAGGACCUCCCAUCUCCCAUUCAAAGACAUGUCAAGUGGAAGAUGGCACGCACGAACCGAUAUGGGAUGAUGACAUCUAAGGCUGCUAGACAAAUUGCUGAUAAAAUUGACUCGUUGAAAGAACAAGUGACACAGGGUGAGUUUGUCCCCCAGGGUCGUCAAGAUAUACUUAACACGACCAUAGGAAUACCAGAUCAUGGAGGUCGUGUUCGUGCAGCUGGGUCUGGGGUCACAAUUAGUCAAUACUAUGGGAGGACAUCACGUGCCUCAACUACCUCAUCCAUAUCAUUCACCAAAGAACAGUUAGUUGAAAUAGUAGUGACCAUUAGGGAACAAGUCAGGAAUGAGAUUGAAGAAGAAAAGAAGCGAAGUCUACACGCUUGGAAAAACGAGCUGAAGGAUGCCAUCAUUACUGACAUAUUUAACGGAGAUAAGGUCUCAGCACCGGCUAAUUUUGACUUAAAUGUGUUAGGUGCACGCGUGAGCACUAAGGAGAGCAAUGCUGAAAUUGUUGUGAACCCUUCUGGGGAAGAACAUGUUGGUCGUGUAACACCGCCUAUGGGGUUGUACGUCCAAAGUCAAGAUUGUACAAAGCUGGUGGCGUUGGGAAAAAUUCAUGAUGGACCAUCUACCAUACAUUGCGUAGCAUAUGCAGAUGAUGUCGUAAGGGUUAGUGUCGAAAAAGUAAUUGAUGGUGAAGCUGAAGUUCCAUUAGCGACAUCAGAAAUUAAGUAUGUGAGAGAUGUCGUUAACACAUUCAUUGCAUGGCCAUUGCCUUUGGUAAAACUGGUAUCAAAUGAGCAUUCAGGAAUCACUCCAGACAAAGCUGCCAAUGCUGCCGAAUUAAACAAUGAUGUUCCUAAACAGGACCCCUUGCAUGAGUUGAUUAAGACCCUUGUUGAGAUUUACGACAAGCCUGUGGAGUUUGUGUGGGAUCUUACUAAAUUUGGGAUUCCAAAUGUAAAUUCAUUGUUGUUCUUAACGUAUACUAAUGUCAGUGAAAUAACAUCAGGUGAAAAAUGCUUGAACAUAGCCAUACUUCAAUUUUGGACCAUGUAUAUGAAUGAGUGGAGUAAUGGCUUGGGUCAUCGAUCGGUGUAUGGAUUCCUUGAGCCUCAAUCUAUACACAAUGCAAAGGAUAGACGUGGGCAAUGUGAAGAAUAUAUUGAAAAAUGGCUUAAGGAAUCUCAACGACAACUGUACAUAGGAGCUUAUUUGAAUGACGCCCAUUGGCAAAUGGUUGUGUUGUGUCCUAAAGACAAUGUGGUGGUCUAGUUUUGUUUAGUGCGUAGAAGGCCUGAUGUUCAUAUCAAAACUGCAAUUAACAAGUUAAGUAAUAUAUUUUUAGUCGUUUAACCUAUUUUAAAGUUGGAGGCUACAAUUCUGAACAUUAUAUUAACAUCAUAUUAAUCUUCCAAUGCAAUGCAUAUAAGAAAUUAAACACGACUGCUGAUGGGAAAGUUCCUAAAACUGGACCCCAGUGGCUUGAACUGAAGACUCACAUUCAACGCGGAGGCUAUGAGUGUGGGUAUUAUGUGAUGCAUUGGAUGUGGAACAUAAUUGGCGCAGAGUUGAAGAGUGAUUGGAGUGUGUGGUUCGGUGAUGGCUCGGCACUAGACCCGGAGGCGAUCACAACAUUACGUAAAAAAUGGGUAGCUUACUUUUUGAAACUUAGAACCAUCCAAUGUACAAAGUUGUAAUUACAUAACAUGUGGACAUGAACUUUGUUUUACUGAUGUAAUUGUUUUGGUUGGGUUGAACAGUGUUGCUCCUUUAAUGGUUAUUAUCUUUCAAUUAAAAUAUGAAUGUCUUAAUUUCAUUUUUGUAUGCUCCAAAACACUUAAGUAUACGCGUUGUAUUUACUAUUUUACAGGAUAUGUAGCGCCAAAUGUAAGGUAUGGUUAAUUUUCAUGUACGUUUUGUAUGUGUAAUUUGCUAGAUUUGACAGUCUGCUUCAUAAUAUUCUUUACAUUUGUUCUUGUUUUCUAAUAUUCUUUUAUUCACUCAUAAUUUUAUGGUUGUUGAAGCUUUCACAUUGUUGGUAUUGUUAGAAAAAAAUGGAUGUAGGAUUAUGUCUUUGUAGGUGUUAUCUUCAUCUAUGAGAGGUCGCAAACAUACAAUAGUUACUGCAGAGACCAUCAAGGUGGCAAUUGGAGUAUUGGUAUUUGCCAGUGACUGGUGGAAAUGGCAAUUGGUUAGAUGGCAGAGUCACCUAGAGCUAACUGAUCCCCUUUGCUUUAGUCUCAGUAGUGGAAGAACUGGUUGACCAGUGACCACUCCCAGCAGCAACAGCAGCAUUGGAUUACUUUGGAGUUAGACAGAGAUAUUUUUCUUCCCACAUACGAUGGAAAAAUGGCCUAAGUGGUUAAGGGCCACCACAGGAAACAACACUACUUACUCUCAUUGAAGGUGUUCUUGCUGCAAACAUUUUUGAUUGGGGAUCUCAUGCAUGUGUGGAUCUCUAUCAUAAAGGAACUAUUCUUGAAAUUUACAGAAUUAGUCACAACAAAAUGCAGAGACCUUGGCGAGUGGAUGAUUUUCAUGCCUUUAAGCAAAGAAUGCUAGGAACUGGGGACAAGAAACCACCCCUACAUAGAAGAGCUUUACUUUUUGUGGACAAUGCAGGUGCUGACACAAUUUGGAUUUUGUUUAAAAAGAAACAAUAUUUAAGGAUAAAAAUUAUUAUGACCAAUUAACUUAACCUUUCUUCAGGUUGUGAGACAAAAGUUACCUGUUAAAUAUAAUUAUGUUAAUUGUUAAUAUAAA